AUGGUAAAUUAUCUCAAUGGAAUCGAUGAAGAGCUUUGGCGUUAUAUUACGAGUGGAGACUACCGUCUAAUAAGGCUAGAACAAGUUGGAACAACUGGUUCCUUUGCUGAUGUUGCAUUGCAAGUUGACAAACAAAAGGCAAAUGACAAGAAAUGUUUGCGUGAACUUUAUGGUGCUCUUCCACCAGUGGUUUACAAUUUUGUUCGUGGUUGCAAGACAACAAAAGAGAUUUCGGAUACUUUGAAAGAGAAUUCUCUAAAUAUUCCUCGUGCAAGGGAAGAAACUCUCUCCAGACAUUCUAUUUUGGGCCCGAAUGGAAUUCGUGGACAACACCCAGCUCCUACCUUGAAUGUUGCGGUUCGUUAUCCAAGCAAUAUAGAUUUGUCACCAUCAGAGAGUUCCAUGAAUUCUUCUCUCAAACUUGGAAGUGGUUCUACUUCUACCAGACAGAAUUAUGCAGGAAAACAUCCCUAUUUACAGAAUCACAUGCCUACCCAAGGUCCUGGGGGUGGUCUGCUUUCACAAAACCAGAGGACAACAAUUCCUCAAGUAUCUUGGGUUAGUAGUGGUCAAGAUCGAAUUGAUGUAGCACUUGUGAGUUAUCCGAUGAAUCCUCAAGGUCCCCAUUUCAGUCAUGGCCAAUCUCAAAUGGUUCAGCUUCCUAACAAUCCUAGAGGACAAGCUCCUACAACUUCUGUUGAUGGUCUCUCUAAUAAUUCUGAGUAUUAUGCGAGACCAUAUCACAAGAGAAGUGCAGUGGCCCCACCUUCAGGCGCCCAUUGGGUUCAACGCCAGAAGAUGUCACAUCCAACAACUACUCAUCAUUCAAUGCCAAUCCGAUUCCCCACAAAACAAGUUGCUUCUGUAACAGCCAAUCUUGCUCAUCCUUCCAUACCAAUCUACCAAUCACAAUCACAGACUCAACAACGUGUUCGUGCUCUUAUGCAUCCAUCUAUACCUUACACAUCAAAUUUUAGACCUCGUGUUCCUGUGACAGCUGCUCCUAGUCCUACAGUCUCUCAUAUUACAUGGAAAGAUCCUGAGACAAGUCCUCAUGAAUUGACAAAAUAUAAAUGCUUGCUAUGCAAGAGGGAUCUUUCAUUAACAUCAGAAGGUGCAGUAUACCAGCCUACAGCACCACCAGCAGUUGCUGUUCUUCCUUGUGGCCAUACUUUUCAUGAUCAAUGUUUGCAAAAAAUCACUCCUCAAGACCUAGCAAAAGAUCCGCCUUGCAUUCCUUGCACCAUUGGUGAAAAUUAG